AUGGUUCUGGCAGGGUUACAGUGCGUAACAGAAAAUUCCUCUGCAAAUACGAGCCCGUGGUUCCGCCACCACGCCGCCUCACCAUCGACAGUGACUUGCGCCAUCAUGUUUUCACUCGCCCGACACCCCGGGGAACGUUCGACCCAACCACCAACACCACCUAAGCCGUCCACUCCACAACAGCAACCUACCAUCGACGUACACCAGCAGCAUGAGCCACCUAACGGCGCAGACAUCAGUCACGUCGCUCAACCAGCGACAGCACUUACUGUAGUACGUCCUCCAGUGAUGCAGACACUACCAGCGACUAUACCACCAUUGUCACCACAUUCGCCACCGCCUCGCACCAUCCCACCUACUAACGUUAGACGUUCCGACAGUGUUCGAAAACCGCCUGUCUGGCAUAAGGACUAUAAUAUGACUUUGUGA